AUGCCAGCACGUUUGCUUCUUUCAGAGAUUACGCACCAGCAUAGUCACCAAGGUGCGGAUCCUGCUGGAAGUUACGAAGUCUCCUGUGAGCGGCUGACGAAGCUUGUAGAGGGAAAGGACAUGGAAGACUUAGCAGACGCAGGGGGGGUUUCUGGGCUGGCACGGUCUUUGAAGGCGGACCUCGAUAAAGGUCUGAGCGAGGAUGAAGAGGACUUCAAAAAGCGCGCAAUCGCGUUUGGCACAAAUACGUACCCAGCAGCCCAACUAACUCCUUUUUGGGAGUACGUCUGGGAGGCCAUGCAGGACACCACAAUGCAGAUCCUGGCACUCUGUGCCGCUGUGUCGCUGGCUGUCGGCCUGUCGACCGAGGAUCCCGCAAAAGGCUGGUACGACGGUGCCGGGAUUGCUUUCGCCAUCAUCCUCGUGCUCGUGGUCGGAUCUACAAGCAACUACCAGCAGAGUCUUCAAUUCGCUUCUCUUAACGACGAGAAGAGAAAGAUUUUUCUAAAUGUGUCAAGGGGCGGAAAGAGAUUGAAGGUGUCAAUCUUCGAGAUUCUCGUGGGGGAUGUUGUACACAUAUCAAUCGGGGAUCAGGUCCCAGCGGAUGGUAUUCUGAUUCAAGGUCACUCGUUGAGCAUUGACGAGUCCAGUAUGACCGGAGAAAGCGAACAUGUUCAUGUCAACGAGAAGCAUCCAUUCUUAAUUUCCGGGUGCAAGGUCAUGGACGGCUUCGGCUCCUUUCUGGUGACUGGCGUGGGGAUGAACACGGAGUGGGGACGUGUCAUGUCGACACUGAAUGAGGACAACGAGGAGGACACGCCGUUGCAGAUUCGGCUGGAUACUUUGGCUAGCUCCAUCGGCAAGAUGGGCCUGUCAGUCGCCGUCCUGGUCCUGGUGGUACUUAUCAUCAGGUUCUUCGCCACAGUUGACUUCCACCACUUCAGCUCACACGACGUUCGAACGCUAGUCGAGUUCUUCUCUAUAGCUGUAACUAUCGUCGUGGUGUCCGUACCAGAAGGGCUGCCCUUGGCGGUCACGCUCACGCUCGCUUACUCGAUGCACAAGAUGAUGGUGGACAAGGCCCUCGUCAGAAAGCUGGCAGCGUGCGAGACGAUGGGGUCCGCCACCACAAUCUGCAGCGACAAAACAGGGACCCUAACCAUGAACCUGAUGACGGUGGUGAAGUCGUGGUGCUGCGGAGCGUUGCGAGAGCCGGAUCAUACCACGGAGCAGCUGUCCAAGGAGGCCAUGGCGGUAAAUGGUCUACGAGUCACCAACGCAGCGGUAGAGCAGCUGGAGGACGGCAACAAGCCCGUCAUUAAUGGUACCCCGACAGAAUCAGCGGUCUUGGCGUGGGCAUGCAAGCUGGGAGCCAGAUUCAACGCCGUGCGGGCAUCCACGGACGUCAUCGUCAUCUCGUCUUUCAAUUCGGAGAAGAAGCGGAUGGGCGUCAUCAUCAAGACAAAGAACGAGGGCAAGUUCCGCGUGCACUGGAAGGGCGCCGCAGAGAUUGUCCUCGAGCAGUGCGACAAAGUGAUUGACGAAAACGGCUUCGUGCUACCCAUGACAUCCCAAAAGAAGACGGAGCUCCACCAGAUCAUCGACACGUUCGCCCGGAACGCUCUUCGGGCCUUGUGCCUGUGCUACCGGGAUCUGCGGGCCGACGAGGUGUCGGGGGAGGGCCAGGACAUGCCGGACCAGGGCAUGGUCUGCCUGGCCAUCGUGGGGAUCAAGGAUCCUUGCCGCCCGGGAGUGCCCGAAGCCGUUGCUGUGUGUCAAAAGGCGGGGAUCCUCGUUCGAAUGGUUACGGGCGACAACGUGACGACUGCAAUGGCCAUUGCACGCGAGUGUGGCAUCCUGCGGGCUGGCGGGGUGGCCAUCGAGGGGAAAGACUUCCGAACCAUGACUCCGGAAGCCCAGAUGUUGCUUCUACCCAGUUUGCAGGUGAUGGCCCGGUCGUCUCCCACGGACAAGCACAUGCUGGUCCGACGGCUGUUGGAGAUGGGCGACGUCGUAGCGGUGACGGGGGACGGUACCAAUGAUGCACCUGCGCUGCACGAGGCUUCCAUCGGGCUGGCUAUGGGCAUUUGCGGCACGGAGGUCGCCAAGGAGGCGUCGGACAUCGUGAUUCUGGACGACAACUUCGCGUCCAUUAUCAAGGUGGUGCGCUGGGGCCGCUCCGUCUUCUUCAACAUCCAGAAGUUCAUCCAGUUCCAGAUGACCGUCAACCUAGUUGCGCUCUCCAUCAACUUCGUGUCGGCCGUCGGCUCCGGCUACGCCCCCCUCACCGCCGUCCAGCUUCUGUGGGUCAAUCUGAUCAUGGACACUCUGGGUGCCUUGGCACUCGCCACGGAGCCGCCGUCCGACGAGCUUAUGAAGGAGAAGCCCAUUGGGUCAACCGCGCCGCUGAUGACGAACGCGAUGUGGCGCAACAUCGCGUGCCAGUGGAUGUACCAGCUGGUGGUGCUGCUGGUGAUGCAGUACCAGGGCGCCAACAUCCUGAGCCUGCACCCCGUGCCCAGCCAGCCCGGCCACGACAACGGCAACCCCAAGCUCGUGUGCAUGAUCUUCAACGCCUUCGUCUUCUGCCAGAUCUUCAACCAGAUCAACGCUCGGAAGCCGUACGAGUUCAACGUGUUCGCGGGCCUCCUCCAGAGCCGCAUGUUCAACAUCGUCUGGCUAAUCACCUGCCUAUUCCAGGUCUUGCUUGUGGAGUUCGUGGGGACAUUCACUUCCACCACUCACCUCUCUUGGGACCAGUGGCUGAUCUGCGUCGGGCUUGGUGCCGUGAGUAUUCCCAUCGCCUUCGUCUGCAAGUUCAUCCCGGUCCCCGAGAAGCCCUUUGCGGAGCUACUCUUGCGGAGGCGCACCCUCAGGCAGGCGCAAGCCGACUUACGUAGAGCGAGCGUGUCGCACAAGAGCGCAACAUCGAAGAGCGGCGCAUCUGUGAGCACGCCUGCCUGGAGCCCGCAUUCGCGCACCUUGCAGACCAGUGCCGCCAGCAAGACGGUCCGGUCGGGCCCAUCCCUUGGGGCGGACGGCCACCACGCGAACCUCCGAACCGGCCUCAAUGGUCUCUUGCUCCCCGAAGGACGCUAUCACAUCGAAGGGCGGCAAGAUGGAUCGCCAGCUCACCAAGAGUGA